GACCUAUUCGGGGUAUUUGUCCCAGUGUUCACAUGCAUGCUGGGCUUCCGCAUCGCUAACAUCACCGACGAGCAGGCCGCCAACAAGGCGUGCCCCAUCUACGCCAUCGGCGCCUCCUUGCGGCGCAGGGCAGCCGCGACCCUGAACGCGCGCGUCGCCGACCCCGACGCCGGCGACCUCGGCCUCCCUGGCUUCGCAGGCCACCCCACCUUUGACCUGGCGGACAUUGACAAGGACGUCGGCCAAGUCUUCCAAAUGGCCAGCUGCGUUCCAGCCAGCCGCGUGCUCGACGACGCCGCCGUUGCCCACGGCCUCAAUGAAGAGUCCAAACUCGUGCUCCACUUCAGCACCGAGCACUAUCUCACGAUAGGGCAAACAGUGAGGGUCUUUAUUGGCUCCACCUCCGCGGACCAGCCCUUCAAGGCCUUCCGCGCUGCCAAGAACGCCCGCGUGCUCGACGACGCGGUUGGCUUUUCCCAAAGCUUCGCACGGCUUGCCCGCGUGGAAAAGGUAGACAAGGAGGUGAUCGGCCUCGCCCCCGACGGUCGCUGCCACGCAGCGCGCGGCAGCUACUCCUACGAGCACGCCAUCUUCGCCGCCCAGGAGGCCGCCGUUGAGCUGGGCGGGAAGUCGGCGCUCAGCCUUCCCUUCGGGGUGAUCGACGAGGCUGGGCGGAUGAACGAAGGGGGCGCAGCAAUGCCCUUGGUGCACAUCAUCCGCGGCGGAGGACAUCUCGUCGUCGUCGGUGACCCGCGGCAACUCCCCCCCACCGUUAUGUCCAAGCAUGCCGCGGACGUGGGCCUGGCGCUCUCGAUCUUCCAGAGGCUGCGCGACUCCCUCGGGGAGCAGCAAGGAGCGGUGAUCACCCUCUCCCGUUCCUGCCGCAUGCGCCCCUUCCUCACGUUCUUCCCCUCAGUGGCCUACUACAACAAGGCACUCGUCGGCGGCCUCCUCGACCCCCUGAAGUAUCGACCCCUGGCGCCUUCCCUGCCAUGGGCCCCCGUUCGCGAUGUCGAGCCCGAGAAAUACUUGUCCUUGGCUCAGAUCCUCAAGGUUCGCAGUCAG